GGCUUAUGUGGUCAUUUACAAUUACGGGACUAUUCCUUUCUCCUUGGGUUUCUUCCUUGGGAAGUCUUCAGUGAACUAUGCUUGUUAUCAUUUCUUCUGCCCUUCAAAGAUCAAAUUCUCUGGUCGUCUGUUGUUAGCUUCUCGCCAUUAACCGUCUGCCGUCGUUCAUUCCCCUGGUCGCUGGUCGUCCCCCAGCUCGUCACUAAUUCCUUUUCGGUCCAACCCAGCCACGGACAAGGUGCCGCCGGCCACUCCGUUCUUGAUAGAGACGUUCUUGUAAUGAUCACACAUGGUGGUUCCAAAGGCAGCAGCCACCAAGUAGGCCAAUUCCUUCUUCUGGCCAUUAUUAUCUCUAUUAUCAUCUACAGUUGUGGGUAAUCAUCCUCUAUUAUCAUGGACCACAAAGAUAAUCAAUCACCUCAAGGUGGGUUAUCUCGGAUUCUUCUCGAAUUCUUGGAGGUUGCAAUCAGUUCAGUUGUUUUCCUUAAAGGAGUUUAUCCUUCUGGUGCUUUUGAAAGGAGGAGGUAUAUGAAUUUGGUAGUUCAGAGAGCUCACCACCCUGAGCUUAGAGAUUAUAUCCAUUCUUCAGUUUGGGGACUUUUUCCUUUCAUUGAAAAGGGUUUAGUUGAAAGAGUAGCAGUAAUCUUCUUCAACACUGACAACAACCCUGUGGAAAGAUUUAUAUUCAAGCUUGUGGUGAACCAGUCGUAUGGCUCUAAGGUGGGAGAAGCUGACUUGGAGUUCUCUCUCAGGUCGUUUCUGAUCAAGCUUUCAGUCUCAGAAUCAAUUACUAGAGUUCUUUCUCAUGAUUGCAGGUGGGAGAUUACGGCUUAUUUUCGAUCCCUCCCCGAUAAAAGUACAAGCAAAGAUGCAGAGUUAUGGAUUCCGACAGACACAAAGCAAUGGCAUCAACCUCCAUUGAUAACUCCAAUUAAGUCAAUGAGUAGUGAACCCCUGUGUGUUCAGUUAUACCUAGAACAUCCCAGUCUGAAUUAGGCUUCGCCAGUUUGACCUGCUAGACAGGUGCGCCACCCGUAUACUUGAGAACUUCUUAAAUGUGUUGUAAGAACUCUUGUGAGGACUUGUGCAUCAGUGCCACUAACUAGUGCUUCUCACCAAGUGUGCUUCGAAAUUAAAUAAAUAUCUAUUUAUAACAUAUGUAUAGAAAAAAAGUGUCCAAAAUUACUGUUCAGUAUUGGGAUUGGUUCGUCAUUUUUGUCAUUGCUCCAAUAACAAACACCUACAUAUUUUCAUA